AUGUCCUACACAAUCACCGAUCGUCUGCCCCUCCCCAACUCCGCCGGACGCAUUCCGCGCCUCGGCUUCGGAGUCUACCGCUCUCCGGCGUCGCAAUGCGUGCAAUCCGUCCUCAAGGCUCUUCAGGCGGGAUACCGACACAUCGACACGGCUCAGUUCUACGGCAAUGAGAGCGAAGUCGGCGAGGCCCUGCGGGCUUCGGGCAUCCCGCGCGACGAGAUCUUCGUGACCACCAAGAUUCUCAGCCCCGCUGGCUCCCCCGAGCAAACAUAUGAGAAACUAUUGGCGAGCGUGGAAAAGAUUGGUGGCUCCGACGGAUAUGUAGAUUUGUUCCUGAUCCACAGUCCCAAGUCCGGACCGGCGGGGAGAAAGGAGCUGUGGCAGGCUUUGGAGAAGUUGCAGGCGGAGGGCAAGGCCAAGGCGAUCGGAGUCAGUAACUACGGGGUCCAGCAUAUUGAGGAGAUGAAGCCAUAUGCCAAGGUCUGGCCGCCACAUGUCAAUCAGAUUGAGCGCACCAUCGACGCCUACUGCAAGCAACACGGAAUCGUGGUCGAAGCAUACUCGCCCAUCGUGCGUAAUUACAAGGCCAACGACCCAACGUUGGUCGAAGUGGCGAUGAAGUACAAUGUUUCCACGCAACAGAUUCUCAUCCGCUAUGCGCUGCAGAAGGGAUGGGUGCCUCUCCCCAAGACUGACAAUCCCGACCGCAUCGUGGCCAAUGCCGACAUUUUUGGGUUCGACCUCAAAGCGGAGGAUAUGGACGCUCUGGACUCGCUGGAUCAGGGCGACGCCGGUGCCAUUGUGGAGGCCGUGGCCAACGAGUGA